AUGCCAUUCAUCAUUCAUAUAUUUCACCGGAUAGGGUUUUUGCUAAUAUCGAGAAAAAAAAUCCGCAAAAAGAAUACCAUAAUAAAUCCUCAAGAAUACUUAUUUAGCGAAUUCGGAAGUGUUCAAGUACUUGGCGUUAAUUGGAAAGUCUACGACUGGCAAGAACAAGUCAAAGCACAUGUGCGUGAUACUUCAUCAUUAUCGUUUAAAAUUAAUUCCUGCAAACGUGUAAUUAUGACAAAAAAUACUAAAGGCAAUGUCGUUGUUCAAGGCGAGCCAUUUUACAGGCAUCUUAUAUGCACCGCUCAAGGUAUCUGUAAAAAAGAAAAAACAUUGUAUGACAUCAAUCCUGUUGAAAUGAGUACUGGUCAUCGCAACAUCAAUUCGGAAAAGAUCAAAAACGUGGAUGAACUCUUGACAGGCCUUUUUGGUUCUACUUGGAAAGAGGAAGCUAAAAAUGUACGACUUCAGUAUUAUCGAGAUGUGUUAUGCGAUGAAAACCGUGGCAAUGAAGAAGUAGAAGAAGCUCAAGAAGAGCUCAUUUGUGAGCCUCAAGAAAACGAAAAUAAAUUUGUAUAA